AUAAAAACCAUCCAAGAGCCUCUUACUCGCCAGGGCAACUUAUUGCUGGCUCACACCCCCAUUUCUUUGUGUCCCCCUUUGGUCUUCCUUUAGUUUCCCUCAUCUCACCGCACACACAACAAUGGAAGCGCCAGCGAAUUCGUCGGUGCCCAAGCCUCUGGCCAUCGUCGGCAUGUCCUGCCGAAUGCCUGGAGCCGUGGCUUCGCUGGAGGACUUCUGGGAGAUGCUGACCAACUCUAAAGACGGGUACAAAGAGUUUCCUAGCGAUCGGUUCAACUGGAAAGCUUUCUACCAUCCAAACCAAGCGCGCAAGGACUCGAUUCAUGUGAAUCAUGGGUACUUCCUGGAUGGGGACAUUACCAGCUUCGACGCCCAAUUCUUCAAAAUGAAUGCGACAGAUGCAACCUCGUUUGACCCGCAGGGACGGAUCGUGCUUGAAUGUGUUUAUGAGGCACUUGAAGACGCCGGGAUGCCGAGAGAAAGCGUGGCAGGCACAAAAGUCGGAGUGUUCUCAACGGCCAAUAGCUCCGACUAUACGAUCGAAGUAAAAGACAGCCUAUGCUCCAUGCCAGCGCAGGUAGGCGUACUCGGUCAUUCCUGCAUGCUUUCAAACGUCGUGUCGAAUGUGUUCGACCUGACCGGCCCCAGUGUUACCGUUGACACGGCAUGCUCAUCCGCAUUCUAUGCCCUGCAGAUGGCAGCGCAAAGCAUUCGGUCCGGCGAGACGGACAUGUGUAUUGUGUCGGGAUGCGCGCUCAACAUCUCGCCCUGGCGGUGGAAUAUGCUGUCAAACCUAACCAUGCUGAAUGCUGAGGGGAAGACAGCUGCUCUGGAUCCCAACACCGACUCGGGCUACGCCCGCGGAGAGGGUGGAGCUUGUAUUAUAUUGAAAUCACUAGACCUGGCGCAACGCGACAACGACCGAAUUCACUGCGUAUUAUCGCACAUUGGUGUGAACCACAACGGGCACACCAAUGGCUACACGAUGCCAGACUCAAGAUUGCAGGCAAGGCUGAUGACGGAACUUCAAGCCAGCACCGGCAUCUUGCCAGACGAAUUCGGUUUCAUUGAAGCCCACGCCCCUGGUACGCGCGUUGGAGAUCCUAUCGAGGUCAAGGCUAUCAGGGAGGUUUUCUCAAGCAGCGCCAGAACGCCAGAGAAACCGCUAUGGAUGGGUUCAGUCAAGGGGAAUGUAGGCCAUUUGGAGUCAGCGAGCGGAUUUCCCUCACUGAUUAAGGGCGCGAUGAUGCUGAAGAAGAAAUUUGUGGUGCCCAAUGCGAACUUUAAAAGCGACGAGGCCAAGAACGUAGAGUUGCGGAAGAUGAAUUUCGCGGUACCCACUGAAACGCGACCCUGGCCGAAAGACAAAUCUUACGUCGCCAUCAACAACUACGGCUUUGGAGGAAGUAAUGCGCACUGUAUCAUUAAAAUGGCGCCCGAACCAGUAUAUACUAACGGCGUGAACGAAACGACUGACGAUGUCGAUUCUUCUGAAGAGGAUCCCUUCCUAUUCGUCCUGUCUGCCAACGAUGAGACUGCUCUUGCCCGCACCCGCGAGCAGCUGGUGGAAUUCCUGGAGACGGACGACGCAAUCGAGGGACGGGUCUCCAUGCGGAAUCUGGCCUAUACGUUGUGUGAGCGUCGUUCCCAGCUCAGCUGGCGUUCCUCCAUCGUCGCCUCAGGCCUAGAUGAUCUUGCGAUCAAGACAGCCUCGCCCCAGGUCCAGCAGCGACGCGUUGUACAUCAUCCCCGGGUUGCAUUCGCCUUCACCGGACAAGGUGCCCAGAGUUUCGGCAUGGGUCGUGAACUAUUUGGCUACCCCGCCUUCGCUGAAUCGUUGAAGAAGUCAUCCGCAUGUGUAGAGUCGUUUGGUGCAACUUUCAAUCUUCUUGAGGAGCUGUAUGGUGAUGAGAAAACUUCCCGGAUUAACGAUGCCGAUGUGAGUCAGGCAGCAUCGACAGCGGUCCAGAUUGCUCUUGUGGACCUCUUACGCUCAUGGGAAGUCGAGCCUACUGCAGUAGUAGGUCACUCUAGUGGAGAGGUGGCGGCAGCUUAUGGCGGCGGCUUCCUUACCCUGCCAGGGGCUAUGCGUAUUGCGUAUUCGCGUGGCCAGAUGGGCGUGAGGCUGAAGCAAGAGCAACCAGACUUUAAGGGUGGUAUGAUGGUGAUUAGUGCUGGAGUAGAGGAUGUGGUACCGCUCCUGGAUAUCGUCACAUCCGGCACAGUUGUUAUCGCGUGCGAGAAUUCACAGAAGUCGAUCACAGUCUCCGGGGAAGAUGCUGCUCUGGAUGAACUGGAAACGCUGCUGGAAGAGGACGGCGUGCCUCACAAGAGACUGACCGUUGACUUCCCGUACCACUCGCCUUUCCUUGAGCCCUUUGUUGAUCGUUACGAGGAGGACAUCUAUAUGGCCGAGUUCUUCCCCGACACCCAACAUAAAGUCGAAUUUUUCUCAGCUAUGGCGGGACGCAGGAUUGACCCGGCUGCAGUCAAAAAACCAUCGUACUGGGCCAGCAGCGCCAAGUUCCGCGUCCGGUUCACAUCUGCCAUUACGGCGCUGCUGAAGAGCAAGACACCACCUGAGGUGAUUGUGGAGAUCGGUUCUAAUCCCACGCUCAUCUGGGCCAUCAAGAGUAUCAUGAAGGGGCUUCGGGCGCAGGUGAGGCAGCCACCGGAGACACUACCCACCUUGCAGCGAGGUGAGAAUGCCCGAUUAUCGAUGCUGAAGUUGGCCGGUUCUCUAUACAGCCUGGGUCAACGGCUAAACCUGGCGCAAGUUAAUUUGGUUGCGGGUGGCCACCCUGGCCGGCCACAUCUCGUCGAUGGCAUCAGGCCAUAUCCAUGGACUAGGAGCCGCUACUGGAUUGAAUCCAAGAUUCGGGACGACCACCUGCAGCGGUCGUUCCCGCGUAACGACCUGCUAGGGUACGCCAUGACCCGAUUCAGCGACGGUGAAACGUCGUGGUUUAACAACUUCGAGCUUGACGACAUGCCAUGGCUACGCGACUUCCAGGUCGGACCCUUUAUUACCUUCCCACUCGCCGGCUUUGUUUGCACGGCAUUAGAGGCGAGCAAGCAGCGUACCAUAGCACAUAGCCCUGGUAGCGACAUCGAAAUUACGGGCUUCUCGGUGCGCGAUGUACAUUUGCUCCACCCGCUCACGCUGGAGGAAGGCGUACGCAUCGAGCUGGCCAGCAAGCUCCGCCCAAUCCCAGAGAGUGACUAUCAGGAAUUUGAGAUGUCGACCUGGAGCGAGGCCCAACAGCAAUGGAUCCACCACUGCCGCGCCCUUGUCAAGUGUCAUGUGGCGCCCGAAAAAGUGGCAGUGGGAACCGCCGAAGAAGCUGGAGGGUGGAGCAAGGUGCGCAGAGAGUGCAAGACCCGUGUCGGCAGCGCUCUGCUCUACCAAGGAUCUGCGAAGACAGGGCCGCGCCGAGUUGGUAUGUUCCGUAACGUGCAUAACCUUUGGUUUGACAGCGGUAAGGCGACUGCUGAAGUGGUCGUGUCGGAUACUGAGACAGUCAUGCCAAACCACUACGAGACGGACUUUUACAUUCAUCCUACUACGCUCGACGGACUGAUUCAGUGUGGUAGCUACCUACCCUUCCUGGACCCCACAAGUGCUCCAGCCGGCAGCGCCAACAGCAACGUCUGGGUGCCUACAUCCGUUGAAGAAGUGAACAUAGUGUGUGGUAGCUCACACAAGCCGGGUCAGAAGCUUCAGGCAGUGGUCCGCAGCGAGCAAUCUACGCAGAAACGCGAGGGAGGCUAUUUCGCCAUCGAUGCAACGAUGGCCAACGACGCCAACUCGAGCGUCCAGAUCCGCGGCCUGCAGUUGUCUGUUGAAGAGAGGCUGCCCCUGCAGUGGCCAGAGCCGCACUACGGUUGCUACAAGCUGGCGUGGCAAGCCCCUGAAAAGCUUUCGUCAGACACCACGGCCAAAUGGCACAUUUUGCAAGGACCGGAAGGGGAUAACGGUCUGGCUGGCAUACUGAGCAAGAAACUGGGCUGCGCUGUUGUGCCCAUGUUGCAGGGCUUGCCAGCAGAAGCCAAGUUCUGUGUAGUGGUGGACGUUGGUGAGGGCUUGCUGGGCCAUAUCGACGAAGUGGGCUUCGAUGCCGUCAAGCACGCCCUCUCAACCUGCGACGGAGUGGUCUGGGUGACUCGAGGAGCCUUCUUCAAGGCAACAAACCCAACGGCGGGCAUGGCAGUCGGCUUGCUCCGGACAGUUCGUAGUGAGAUGCAGGCAUCGGUCGCAACCCUCGAUCUCGACCCGUUUGCUACCAGCAAUGCCGCAGCACAAGUAGCUCUGGUGGCCAAGGUUGCUAGCCAUGUCGCCGCCGCUGCAAAGAAAGCGGAUUCGCAGGCCGAGAUGGAGUUCACCGAGAGCAGUGGGCAGCUUUUUGUGCCGCGCAUUGUGCACGACGACGAGUUGGACGCCAAUGUGCACGCCGCCACGGGCGUCGUUCCGCCACGGGACGAGCCCUUCGAUCCUGAAAUUCGCGGCGCCUUCGCCCUGCAGCGCCCCGGCGUGCCGCAAUCGCUGUUCCUGCAGCGCGCCGAUACGUCAUCUUCCUCGGCGCUGCCUCUGGCUGCCGAUGAGGUCGAGAUUGCAGUCGCUGCAGCGAGCCUUUCUGUUGCUGACGUCCAGGCAUUGCAAGGCCGCGAGCUCGGUGGUACUGUCGUCCGUUGCGGCUCGAAUGUUGACCGAGUGCAAGUUGGUGAUCGGGUCUUUGGCCUCGCAAAUACCCAAGGCGCCUUUGGUACGUUUGUAGUCGCCCGCCAGACAAGCAUCGCUCGUGUGCCUGAGGCCUUCUCGCUUGACGUGGCCGCCACGCUCCCCGCCACGUUUGGCGCUGCCCAUCUUGCCCUCGUUGAUGUAGGUCGGAUACGCACGGGCGAGCGCGUUGUCAUUCUCGAGGCGGGCUCUGCUGCAGGACAGGCUGCCAUUCAAGUUGCCAAAGCGGUGGGUGCCGACGUUUACGCCGUAGUCGCUUCCUGUGAGGAAAGGGAUGCUGUAUUUGCUGUCGCCGAGCUGCCUAAAAAUCAUGUCGUGGGCAGUCUCAAUGAUAUCCCGCCGGCUCAGGCGCAAUUGAUCCUCCAGCCUGUCCCCAAGACCAAGGUUGAUGAGCGCGACGAUGCCCGAAUCUCGCGAGCUUUGGCAGCGCUGGGACGAUUCGUCCAGAUUGGAGAAUGGAGUCGUGCACCUCGCUUGCCCGCUGGCUGCAGUGCUGCUGCAGUUUCUCUGAACGCUGUAGCCGACGUCCUGCCCGCGCAAACUGCUUCAGUGCUCGAUGCCGUGACCGAGCUAUUUGCGAAGAACAGCGUCAAGGGCCCUUCAUCCGUGAACAAAGUCCGACUCGGACAGUUGCAUGAGGCUUUAGAACAAGUCUCGCCCCUUGACACAGUCCGGAGAGUGCUUGUGCCUGAGAAGGGGGACACGAUUAGGACAACACUACCCCCUCCAGCUCUACCUUCACUCAGUCCUAAUGCUGUCUACCUGGUCAUUGGCGGGGGAGGUGGACUCGGGCGAGUCAUCACGAGAUGGAUGGUCGACAACGGAGCUAGGAAGAUUGGUCUUCUCUCCCGUAGCACAUCAAUGAGCCCCGAGGUGCAAACGCUUGUGGAAAAACUAGCUACCUUGGGUGCUGAAGUCUUCUUACUGCCCUGCGAUGCUACUGACAAGGCCCAAGUACAGGAAGUGCUCGAUCAAUGUGCUGCCGACAAGGGCCCUAUCAGGGGUAUCAUCAAUGCUGCCAUGGUAUUCAGAGGCGGCGUCUUCAGCUCCACCUCCCAUGCUGAUUUCGGUGCCGUCAUCCGGCCAAAGGUCAUGGGCACAUGGAACUUGCACCAUGCUCUCCAAAACAAGCCUCUCGACUUCUUCGUACUCAUCUCAUCCGUGGCCGGCAUAGUCGGCACACCCGGACACUCAGCCUACGCCGCUGCUAACACCUUCCUCGACUCCUUUGCUAGAUACCGCACACGCCAGAACCUCCCAGCCGCCGCCCUAGCCCUAACAGCCGUCGUCGAUGCCGGCUACAUGGCAGAAAACGCCGAGAAACUGCAAAAACUGAAGUACGUCGACGAUUUCGAGGGUGAGAUUCUCACUACGUCGGAUGUCCUCUCUCUUUUAGCCGCAGCUGUGAACGGACAGCUGCAAUCUUCUUGCGAGGGAUUGUCAAUUACAGGGGCCGGUUUCGGCGGCGCCAGCAGGUUGCCGGCGUGGGCCAAAGAUCCCCGCUUUUCUCCCUUAAUGACGCGCCAUGCUAAAGAACAACAAUCAAACGCCGCCGUCGUCGCCAACAAGAGCUCGCUGUCUAACACGAUCGAUUCCGCGGAAAAUAGAGCGGAAGCCACUCGCCUCCUCUUAACGGCUGUUCGGAGUAAGGUAGCUGAGUUGCAGCUCAUUCCUGUCACGGAUAUCAAGGAGAACAACACGCUUGUUGACCUAGGGCUCGAUAGCUUGACUGCAAUGGAGCUGUACUCGUGGAUUGGAAGGGUAUUUCAUUUGAAGUUUAAGGUGCAGGAGUAUGCGAAGUUGGACACGCUGGAGAAAAUUGUAGAUAGUGUGUUGACGAAGAGGGAAGCUGCCGCUACUGCUUAAUGUCCUGUAGAUAGUUUAGGAUUUUCUAAUCUCGUCG